CCGGUGCUGACAGCCAGACGCGUCCGCACGCAGAGGAGCGCAGGACCUACCGAACCCAACCGAACCCGAACCAGCAGCCAUGCGUCACUCCCUGCUCCCUCUGUCCGUCCUGGGACUCCUCCUCGCGCUCUCCUCCGCCUGCUACAUCCAGAACUGCCCCCGGGGCGGGAAGCGCGCGCUGCCAGAGGGAGCCAGCAGACAGUGCAUGUCCUGUGGCCCCGGAGAUAGGGGCCGCUGCUUCGGCCCCAGCAUCUGCUGCGGUGAGGGUCUGGGCUGCCUGCUGGGCUCGGCAGCAUCGGUCCACUGCGAGGAGGAGAACUACCUGCUCACCCCCUGCCAGGCAGGAGGGAGACCCUGUGGAUCCGAGGGGGGACGCUGUGCCACCUCAGGACUCUGCUGCAACUCCGAGGGCUGCGCGGUGGAUUCCAACUGCCUCGGCGAGACGGAAGCCACGGAUUCAGCCCAGAGCUCUGCACGGAGCUCGCCCACAGAGCUGCUGCUUCGUCUCCUUCAUGUAGCCAGCAGAGGACCCAAUGAGUACUGAUCCACCUGCUUCCACAGCUACUGAGCCUCACGUUCUGAACUCUGAACCAAGUCAUUUUCAUCCCCUCUGUGCUAAUCUGGCCUUUUGUUGUUAUUAUUAUUUUACAAAGUAGAAGGGAAAAAUCCCACUAUCAGUGUUAAAUGUAAAUUUUGCUCUCCCCUUUAAAACUGUAUAUACUUCUGCACAUAAUAUAAACAAUACUGAGCUCAAAUUCUGAUAACAGUUAUAACAAAACAAUGUAAAUAAAUGAUCAUAAAUUAAGCUCGUCACUGACAAACAGCUGAGAUACAAUGCUUGUGCAGCAAAAACAUUAUUGUACAUAAAAAAAUUGAAAGGAAAAUACAGACUGUACCACUGCCAAGAAAYGCCUGUGUGGUUUG